UUUCCAGGACAUAAGAUAGAAAAUAAAAUCUGGUGAAUGCAUUCUGUUUCUAAAUUGCCGCUUGGUCGUUUUGCAAGAUGUGUAAUAACACAUCCCAACCUAACUCGGCAACCAGCCUUCUUUGUUCCAUGUCAUAAUACGGCUAAUGACGUCACAGCCACCAAUAUCGAAGCUUAUAACGAACCAGGGUUCCGGGAUACGCCCACCAAACAACUUGUACGAGCAGCUGUCGUAUUAAGGCUAAGUUCAUUCGACUUCCUUGUCAAGCAUGCAGACACGCUUUUCAGAUUGGGUAAUGGGGUCCUGGGCAAGACCUUGUUUGGAAAAGUGAUGUCUGCAACAUUCUAUGGACAAUUCUGCCCUGGUAGUAAAUAUGAAGAUGUAAAAAAGGCCGCUGUAGCUAUGCAAGAAGCUGGGGUGACACCUUUCUUCAGUAUACCUGCUGAAGAGGAGAGUAAAGUCUUUACUAAUGGAGAUGUGGAGAAGUGGUAUGCUGACAACACACAGACCAUUAUCGACUGUAUUGAUAUGACAAGCAAAGUUAAUAUUAAUGGAAGUCCUAAGUUAUGUCAUAUAAAGUUGACCGCUUUCAUGGACCAAGCAUUAUGUAAAGUCUUAAGUGACGCAAUUAUCGCAAACAAUGGAGAUGAUAAUGCAAUUCUUGAAUCAAUAAAAAGCUUUGAUAAAAAGCCUGUUCAUUUGGACUUUUUAAGUGAUGCUGAAAAUCAACAUCUAACAGAAUCAUUGCUUCGGUAUGAUCGAAUAUGUGCGCACGCUGCAAAACAAGAUGUUUCAGUGUAUAUUGAUGCUGAGUACAUUUCAUUCAACCCAGCCAUUUAUUUGACCUGUAAAGCAAUGAUGUUAAGGCAUAACAAAACCAAGCCAGUGGUACAAAUUACAAUUCAAGCAUAUCUUAAGAAAGCAAAAAUGGAAGCUGAGAAGUUUAUAAAGUGUUGUCAAAAUUCUGAUAUCUUCUUUGGUGCAAAGAUUGUCAGGGGAGCUUACAUGGUAACUGAGCAACAACGAGCUCUGGACCAAGGUUACGAAGACCCAAUAUGUGAUGGUUUGGAUGCUACACAUGCAAACUACAAUGGUAUUGUGAAGAACCUUUUGCGGGCGAUAUCUCGAAAAGAAAAAGUUCAUUUAAUGGUGGCUUCACAUAAUGAAGAUAGUGUAACACACGUGGUGCGCAGAAUGAAAAAGUUAGGGAUUGAACCGAAUGAGGGAAAAGUUGUGUUUGCCCAAUUGUAUGGGUUGUCGGACCAUGUUUCAAACUGGCUUGGUGAAAAUGGAUACCUGAUAUACAAAUCUACUCCACUGGGAACAAUAGAAGACACAAUGCCAUAUUUAUACCGACGUGCGCAAGAAAACAACAGUAUUACUAAAGGGGAUAAACGAGACAGAGCUCUUAUCAAUAUCGAACUAAGCAAAAGACUUCGUCAAUUUGUUUUUUUCUGGCGCAAAGAUGAGUAUCAUACAUUGCAAUAAAUUGUUUUCUUCCUAUUUGUUUUAUUAUUGUCCUUUUGCAAAGUAUGUUAUAGCUCCCUGCUAAAUCAGCUAAACCAUGCAUAGGCCCAUGCUUUUUAGAUGUGUUUUGCAAAAUGAUACUGUUUUGUACAAAUGAUCUUGCUUUAUUCACCCAGUGAACCAGUAAUAAGGAUUUGGUUGAUUUUAAUACAUACGCUUGUCUACAACAUUGCUGUAAAGGCUUAUUAGACUUAUUUCCUUGAACCUGUUUUAUACACA